GAUAAGGGAGGAAAUAUGAUCCGGCCCCCUAGCCAGUUCCGCAGCCAGAUUUCGUCAGAGCACGGAUCCAAAUUUCAGCCAGAAGCUGGGAGAUACCACCUCUAUGUAUCAUAUGCUUGUCCCUGGGGUGGAAAGGCUGAUUCACCUCUGGCGCACCGGACUUUGAUUGUGCGGAAGUUAAAGGGCUUGGAGAAUCUGAUUUCAUUUAGCGUAGUUCAUUACAGAUGGCCCAUCGAGACGGGCUGGCGUUUCCCAACCGUAGAGGAAGCAGUAUCUGAGGAAAGUUUCGUCCCCGAUCCCCUUCACAAGGACGUGACAAGACUAGCGGAGCUUUACGAGAAGUCCAGCCCCGGCUAUGAUGGCCGAUGGACGGUGCCAGUCCUGUGGGACAAGAAGACGGACCAAAUUGUCAACAACGAAAGCAGCGAGAUCAUCCGGAUAUUGAAUACGGCAUUUGAUGAGCUGCUUGACCCAACGGACCGUGGAACGGCCCUCAAUUUAUAUCCAGAACCGUUCCAUUCGAGGAUCGACGAGCACAACGACUGGCACUACGAUAACAUAAACAAUGGUGUCUACAAAUCUGGAUUCGCAAAAUCUCAAGUCGCAUACGAGAAAGCCGUGAAUGCCCUUUUCAUCCACCUCGACCGUGCCGAACUCCAUCUCGCUUCUCAAGAUGGGCCAUAUUAUUUCUGCGAACAGCUGACUGAGACGGAUAUCCGACUCUUCGUUACAAUUGUUCGGUUCGAUCCGGUAUACGUGCAGCACUUCAAAUGCAACAUCAGAGAUAUCCGUAGCGGAUAUCCAGCAAUUCACAAGUGGCUGAGAUAUUUGUACUGGAACCACGACGCGUUCAAGUCGACGACUAAUUUCAAUCACAUCAAGAGGCACUAUUUGGAAAGCCAUGUGAUGAUUAAUCCUCUUAGCAUUGUGCCCGUGGGCCCUAUUCCAUAUAUUCUGCGGCCAGACGAGGAGGUUGCUGCUGCUUCAAAUCGCUCGAACACGAGCUACUGA